AUGGCUUUACCUCAAACGCAACACCAACCACAAGAACAACAACAGAAGGCUAUUACACAACCAACCCCGCAACCAACAACCACAGACAUCAAAACAAAAAUGAUCAAGAAAAUAACCACACAUCCCACCCUCCCCUCUCACCGCCGUAAAAUCUACCUUGCUUUGCUAUCCGUCCCCGCAGGCCGCUGGACUACCUAUGCUGCACUUGCCAAGCAUAUUGGUACUAGUCCUCGAGCAGUUGGGGCCGCGAUGCGUCUGAACCCCUUUGCACCGGAGGUACCCUGUCAUCGGGUGUUGGGAGGUAACGGGAAGCUGCUGGUGGGGUACAGCGGUGCUGAGGGGUCAGGAGGGGCAAAGAAGAAAGCGAAGGAUGGGGUCGGCAUGAAGAAGAGAAUGUUGGAGGAGGAAGGGGUUGAGUUUACUACGGAGGGGAUGGCGAGGGGGUUGUGCUUCGAGGAGUUUGGAAUGGGUUCGUUUGCUGUCAGUAAAGUGAUAUGA